UCUUUCUGCUCUCCCCUGUCUGGGUUCCUGUUUGUUUCCACCGUAUGGAUGUCAGAUUGGUUCCAAACGUUGAUGUUAUCCGUAACCAGUUUGGCUCAAGGGUUCGUGAUCCAGGUGCCGAGGGCGGGGCAGCCUUCAACGCGUGCGAUGUCCCUCUCACGGCAGGAGUCGCGCCCCACGGCUGACGCAGACGAGGAGGAAGUUGUUUGUUUGUCCGCUCUGCUGACCGGCCUGGCCUCGAACACUGGCAGGCCGACCUGUCCAGUACCAUCUGGCCAGCGGCUAUCCCCACUCUCAGGAGCGAAAGAAGGACGUACAUGUACAUGAAUCCACGCUGGUUUCGAGAGUACGCACUGCGCAAAUGUUUGUAUAACGCGGCCGGUCUCGCGGAUCGAGGGGCCGUGUUCAUGUACAUAGCUGGGCGCGUACGUCCUUUGUGGGCUCCCUACACUCCUUCUCUUGUCCCACAUUUUUCAGUUUCUAUGGUUGCCAUCGUGGUGCUCAUCUGGGUUCUGGCAAUAGGGACCGCUCUCUUGCAGGGCUCCUAUGCCCUGUAGGUGCACCAGGUAGUCGCAGAGACCGAGGUCUCGUGCGUGGAGCCGUCGGUGUUGACGUUCCUGUGCGUUGGCAUACUGGCGACGUCUGCUAUUUCAGGAGACUCAUGGGUUUGAUUCGAUCUUACCUUUGGCUCCGUGAGUACCCUCAGGGCGGGAUAUUGCACGGCUCGUUGAAGCAGGUGCAGAAAAAGUACAAAGACCAUUAUGGCGUGCCCACGGUGCUCUGGAGGCCCACAGGAAGUAUUCCCUUCUGGUACCGAUCACUGUGCUUGCUGCUCUUCAUCAUUGUGCGGGCAUGCAUCGUAGCUGCCAUUGCUGUUAUUGGAUCGGGCCACAUCGUCCGGAGCGAAACAGACGACAGAAUCCUCAAUAUUGUUGGGCUAUUCUUCAUCGCCGACCUCGACGACGUGGUUCACAACAUGUGUACGCCUCCCCCUUUGCACCACAUCCUGGACACCAUGCCUCCAAUGGAGCUUGGGCUUCUAGCGGACCCGCCAGAAGACGACCCAAGCGUGCCCGUGACGGGAGUGUUCAUGCAUUUCGCCGCCGUCGUCAGAAUCUGGACAAUGGCCACCUUCUGGAUGUUCUGUACCACCAUCCUCACCUACAGCUGACGUGAGGAGAACCAGGCUGCAAUCCUCAGCGGGGUGGGCGCUACCACAAGUGAUGCACGUCCUUACGCUCACUCUCGUGAUCUGUUAUCAUAUUCUCUUCGCUUUUAUGGUUUGCGCCGUGUACGUUGUUCUCCUGCUCUUGAGCAUCUAUCUCUUCAUUCUGGGCUCCGCUGCGAUGAAGGUCGUGGUAGAGAGCGCCUUCCACCUGAGCAACCUUCUUCCUCGUGUUUCUCUGCAGGUGAUAUCCAGGGUUUGGGCAAAACGACCGUCCCCGACAGUACUGCAGCGAUUAUAUAGGCAUCCGCCGACGCCUGGAUCUAGUCUGGGACCCUCCAUUGCUGUCCUGGGGCCUUGGGCCGAUGCUCGGGGCCGCAGGGGCGAAGAGGAGCA